ACAAAUAAUUGUUUUGAAGAUCCCAAAUCCUCUGAAAAGGAUCGAGAUCCAAGGAGAAGUGGGGGAUCGAGACUUUUCAUUUCCACCUUAAUUCCUUCCCCUUUUUCAUCAUCCGCGAAAAUGCCCGCCGGAACUCUUGAAGUUCUUCUUAUUUCCGCCAAGGGGCUUGAGAACACCGAUUUCCUCUGUGACAUGGAUCCUUAUGUUGUUCUUACUUGCCGCUCACAGGAGCAGAAAAGCAGUGUUGCGUCAGGAAAGGGGUCGGAGCCUGAAUGGAAUGAGACUUUUGUAUUCACCAUAUCUGAUGGCGCUGAAGAGAUCACCCUAAAGAUACUGGACAGUGAUAGUGGCACGCAAGAUGACUUUGUGGGCGAAGUAACCAUUCCUCUGGAACCUGUUUACCUUGAAAAAACCCUCCCUGCAACACCAUAUAACGUUGUCAAGGAUGCAGAAUACCGCGGAGAGAUCCGAGUUGGCCUUACUUUCGCUCCUGAGGAGAGAACUGCAACAGAUUUUCAAGGGGAAGACGAAGCUUAUGGUGGAUGGAAGCAAUCCGCAGAUGGAGAAUGAGAUCCACCGCUACUCCAUGAUUGCUAAUUGUAUGUUUGAGGGAUUUCGAAUCCAAUGUGUUCAGAGAUCAGAAGAUCUUUGUUCUGUCUGAAUUUCCUACAUGUUGUUUGUCAUCAGUUUUUCUGAGUGAAUAUUUAAACCUCUAAAUUCUCAAUCUACAUAAUAUACUUUAACCAAUUAAGCUAAACUCGAGUUUGGCUGGUUGGUUAAGAAUAAAGUUAGUUUCGUUGUAAUGAA